CAGCGCAAGUCUCUCACAGCGGAAAACUAGUGCACUGCAGCUGAACGGCGCAUUCGGUGAGAGGUCGGUAAAGCAGUCGAGCCUGCUCGUCGGCGAACCUCUCCCUCACUCGAAUCCGUAUCCACGUUGGAGUUUUGUCCUCAAAAAUCCCGCAAGUCGAAGCGACAGGAGAAUAAUCGUAGUGCUGGACACACAGCUCGGAUAUUGCCGCGAACGCUGAGGGCUGAGAAAUGGCAACGACAACUUGCACGCGCUUCACCGACGAGUACCAGCUGUAUGAAGAACUUGGAAAGGGGGCCUUCUCAGUGGUGCGACGUUGUGUCAAGCUGUGCACGGGCCAAGAAUAUGCUGCCAAAAUCAUCAACACCAAAAAGCUUUCUGCAAGAGAUCACCAGAAGCUGGAACGGGAAGCCCGUAUCUGCCGUCUGCUCAAGCAUCCCAAUAUCGUGCGGCUCCAUGACAGUAUAUCAGAGGAAGGCUUCCAUUACCUCUUAUUUGACCUUGUUACGGGUGGAGAGCUGUUUGAAGACAUUGUAGCCAGAGAAUAUUACAGUGAAGCUGACGCCAGUCACUGCAUCCAACAGAUCCUGGAGGCGGUGCUUCAUUGCCAUCAAAUGGGCGUGGUGCACCGAGAUCUCAAGGUGAGUGACAG